AUGGCUCCGCGGGUGCUGCAGCGCCUGCGGGCGGUGGACUUCUACAAGAAGAUCCCAAGUGAUCUCACCGAGACAACCCUGGCUGGGGCCGUCAUCUCCGUCACCGCGGCCACCCUCAUCCUCCUCCUGCUGGGCCUGGAGAUGCACUCCUUCCUGAAGACCAGCACCCACACCGAGAUGAUCGUGGACCGAUCGGCGCACGGUGAACUCCUGCGCGUCAACUUCGACCUCAGCUUCCCGCGCAUGAGCUGCGAGUUCGCCACGCUGGACAUCUCCGACGCCAUGGGCCUCAAGCGGCUCAACUUGACCAAGACUGUGCGCAAGGUGCCGCUGAACGACCGCCUGGAGCGAGUCGGACUGGGGCUGGAGGACGCGGCGCACCACAACCCUGAGUACGAUGAGGAGCACCCGGGCUUCCAGUACGAGAACGUGGACAUCGCCACACCGCUGUCGGGGGCCACGUUCGACGCGACCCUGGCGGCCUACGAGGUGGUGGUGGUCAACUUCUUCGCGCCCUGGUGCUCCUGGUGCCAGCGCCUGGCGCCAACCUGGGAGGCGGUCACCGAGGCGGUGCACGCCAAGUACCCCGACGCCGAGCGCCGCAUCCGGUUUGCCAAGGUGGACUGCGUGGCGCAGGCGCCGCUGUGCCGCCAGCACUUCAUCUCCGCUUUCCCUUCCAUCCGCAUCUUCCACAAGGGCUCCGACGAGGUCGUGCGCAUGGGCCACCGGGAGCACGACGCCUACUACGGCGACCGCACCAAGGAGGCCCUGACUGCGCUGGCGGACAAGCUGGUGCCGCCGACGGUGGGCACGCCCAACCUGGCCGCGCGCCAGCUCAGUACGGUCCGCGCCGCGACCGCCGCCUCGGGCUGCAAUUUUGCCGGCUUCAUCAUGGUGAAGAAGGUGCCCGGGACCAUGCACUUUGUGGCACGCGCCCCGGGCCACUCAAUCGACUUCCUGGCCCAGGACCUGUCGCACACCGUGAACCACCUCUAUUUUGGCCUCGCGCCCUCGCCCAAGCGCCGCGCGGCGCUGGCCCGGCUGCAUCCCCACGGCCUGGCGCACGACUGGUCGGACAAGCUGCGCGGGCGCUCCUUCACCAACCCCUCCACGGGCGCCACCUAUGAGCACUAUGCGCAGGUGGUGCUGACCACCAUCGAGGCGGGGCGGGGGCACGAUGCCUACGAUGCGUAUGAGUACACGGUGCAGUCCCACGUGUACGACGCCGCCGACCACGCCUCGGUCAAGGUGUCGUACACCAUGUCCCCCAUCCAGAUCCUGGUGGGGGAGGUGCGCAAGCCCCUCUUCUCCUUCCUCAUCUCCACAUGCGCCGUGAUCGGCGGCGUGUUCACCGUGGCGGGCAUCGUGGACGGCAUCACCCACUCCCUGCACAGCAUGGCCAAAAAGGUGGAGCUGGGCAAGCAGGGCUGA